AUGGCGGAUACAGCGACUACAGCAUCGGCGGCGGCGGCUAGUACCGCGAAUGCCUCGACCGAUGCACCUCCUUUCCAGCUGGGCAAACCCCGCUUCCAGCAGACAUCCUUCUACGGCCGCUUCAGGCACUUCUUGGAUAUCAUCGACCCUCGCACACUCUUUGUCACUGAGAGACGUCUCAGAGAGGCUGUGCAGCUGCUGGAGGACUACAAGCAUGGGACCCUGCGCCCAGGGGUCACCAAUGAACAGCUUUGGAGUGCACAGAAAAUCAAGCAGGCUAUUCUACAUCCGGACACCAACGAGAAGAUCUUCAUGCCCUUUAGAAUGUCAGGUUACAUUCCUUUUGGGACACCAAUUGUGGUUGGUCUUCUCCUGCCCAACCAGACACUGGCAUCCACUGUCUUCUGGCAGUGGCUGAACCAGAGCCACAACGCCUGUGUCAACUAUGCAAACCGCAAUGCUACCAAGCCUUCACCGGCAUCCAAGUUCAUCCAGGGCUACCUGGGAGCUGUCAUCAGUGCCGUCUCCAUUGCUGUGGGCCUUAAUGUCCUGGUUCAGAAAGCCAACAAGUUCACCCCAGCCACCCGCCUUCUUGUCCAGAGAUUUGUGCCAUUCCCUGCCGUAGCCAGUGCCAAUAUCUGCAACGUGGUCCUGAUGCGGUACGGGGAGCUGGAGGAAGGGAUUGACGUCCUGGAUGCUGAUGGCAACCUUGUGGGCUCCUCCAAGAUCGCAGCCAGACAUGCCCUGCUGGAGACAGCGCUGACGCGAGUGGUCCUACCUAUGCCCAUCCUGGUGCUGCCCCCCAUCGUUAUGUCCAUGCUGGAGAAGACGGCUCUGCUGCAGGCACGCCCCCGGCUGCUCCUCCCCAUGCAGAGCCUCGUGUGCUUGGCAGCAUUCGGCCUGGCCCUGCCGCUGGCCAUCAGCCUUUUCCCGCAGAUGUCAGAGAUUGAAACAUCUCAAUUAGAGCCUGAGAUUGCCAGGGCCACAAGCAGCCAGACAGUGGUGUACAACAAGGGACUGUGAGUGGUGGCCAGCGGCCUGGGGACGGAGCCUUGUCCAGGCCGUAGCACCGGGGGCAGGGAAGGAGACCCACGGUCUGCACCUGCAGGGAGGGUCCAGCUGACCCCACCAGUCCUGGACCACCUAGGGGAACACUCACCCUGCAGUGAUAGGGAGACUAAUCCAUUUACAUUUUAACAUAGGGGACAGGAAAUCUGAUACAUUUCCUAUAACAAAUCAAGUGCAUUUCAGAGCCUUACGUGGGGUUGUCAAAACUCCAUUCAGCACAAUUAUGUGUGAAGCUGAAAAAUGGUAGAGCGCCAGAGGAGUAGAAUUGGGAUCCUUUUAAAUUUUGGUUUCUUUUUAAUUUUCCCUUUUUAUCAGAAUCAGGUCUGAACCUGUGUUGCAGCUGGCUGGAAGCGACAGGUCGACAGGUGGUAGGAGGCUGAGUAGGCCUGGGAGUUGGGUUGGUUUGCUGGCCGGCCUGGUAGAUUUAGGAUAUCACAGUGGCCAGGCCAGGUCCCUGGGCUGGAGCAGGGAUGGGAGGAGGGUGGUCUGCACCCCACAGGAUGAACUAGCCACAACUAGGUCCUCAGGAGGUGGCCCAGGGAAUAAAGGAGCACUGGAGACCUCUGGAAGAUUCUGUGGGCAGCUGGCUGUGAACAUGGCCAGCUCUUAUCCAUGACACAGCUGCAGAACCCGUCCCUCUGAGUGAAGCCCUGUGACACGGGUUAGGGUCACCCUUCAUGGAGCCCUAACUGAUUCAAGGCUCCUGAGAUGACCCCAGCUGCAGGCAGGGAACCCCAAGAAGAAACAAUGCUUGGCAGGAACCACGGGCCUGUACUUGGCCUCUGCGGGAAGAUCCUCCUUCUAGGCACCAGGCUGAGGGUAGGGCUGGAGCUGGGCCACCGGCUGUCCUGGGAGCUUCUCCAGCCUGAGGCUGCCUGCCCCAUCCCAUCCCUUCCUGAGUAGGAGGGUCUCAUGCCUGAGAGCACCAAGGCCAGAUCCUGUCUGAGAGGCAGCAUCGACCGGGAACGGCAGUCCCCAGCUCUGGCUCUGACUGUGUAAUCUUGGACGGGUCCAUUUCCUUCUCUGAGCCUCCACUCCCUGUCUGGAACCAGAGGACUGGAUCAGGGGGUUCCCACUGGCUCUUCCAGCUAGACCUCAUCUUUGCCUGUCCUGCUCAGAUGCUGGUCAUCCCAGGCACGUCCCCAACAUGGACACUAGACCGGGAAAGGGGCAGGCCCCUUGGGAGUGGCUAGCAGUUGGCCUCAAAACCUGGACCUUGCCCUUCAGUAUAUGACCUCACAUUCCCAGGAGCACUUGACCUUUGCCAAACACUUCACAGUUCUGGAGGAAAAGGGAGCGUGGAUGCCUGGGCCUGAGAGUAGGGCCACACCUGCCUGCCACCUCUCACCCCCACAGGCUCAGAGCUCCUUGUUAUUGGCUCCCGUCUCCCUCCCAUUUGCAGGCAAGAAGGAGAGCUCUCCAGAGGGAAGCUCUCUGG